UACCUUAUUUAGCAUCUCUGUUCCUUCCAGGGGGGAGCCCAUCCCCAUUUCUUACCUCAUGGGCUCUUUUUAAGGAACACAUUCCUCAUCUUUGAGCUCUUCCUGACAUUCAGCCAUGCUUUGGAUCAGCCCCUAAGCUUUCACUUUUCCCCAAGUUACUGUGAUUAUGGAUUCAGACAAGCCUAGAAGCUCCUUGCUCCUUUGGGGGGGAAUUCCUGUAUGCAGACUUACACUUUGAAAUAAAGAAAGAGAUGAAGAAAGACCCUCUCGCCAACAAAGCUCCAGAAAAGCCCCUGCACGAAGUGCCCAGUGGAAACUCUUUGCUGUCUUCUGAAACGAUCUUAAGAACCAAUAAGAGAGGCGAGCGACGGAGGCGCCGGUGCCAGGUGGCUUUCAGCUACCUGCCCCAGAAUGACGACGAACUUGAACUGAAAGUUGGUGACAUCAUAGAGGUGGUAGGAGAGGUAGAGGAAGGAUGGUGGGAAGGUGUUCUCAAUGGGAAGACUGGAAUGUUUCCUUCCAACUUCAUCAAGGAGCUGUCAGUGGAGUCGGAUGAACUUGGCAUUUCCCAGGAUGAGCAGCUAUCCAAGUCAAGUUUAAGGGAAACCACAGGCUCUGAGAGUGAUGGGGGUGACUCAAGCAGCACCAAGUCUGAAGGUGCCAACGGGACAGUGGCAACUGCAGCAAUCCAGCCCAAGAAAGUUAAGGGAGUGGGCUUUGGAGACAUUUUCAAAGACAAGCCAAUCAAACUAAGACCAAGGUCAAUUGAAGUAGAAAAUGACUUUCUUCCAGUGGAAAAGACUAUUGGGAAGAAGUUACCUGUAACUACAGCAACUCCAGACUCGUCAAAAACAGAAAUGGACAGCAGGACAAAGAGCAAGGAUUACUGCAAAGUAAUAUUUCCAUAUGAGGCACAGAAUGAUGAUGAAUUGACAAUCAAAGAAGGAGAUAUAGUCACUCUCAUCAAUAAGGACUGCAUCGACAUAGGCUGGUGGGAAGGAGAGCUGAACGGCAGACGAGGCGUGUUCCCAGAUAACUUUGUGAAGUUACUUCCACCAGACUUUGAAAAGGAAGGGAAUAGACCCAAGAAGCCACCGCCUCCAUCCGCUCCUGUCGUCAAACAAGGGGCAGGCACCACUGAGAGAAAACAUGAAAUUAAAAAGAUACCUCCUGAAAGGCCAGAAAUGCUUCCAAACAGAACAGAAGAAAAAGAAAGACCAGAGAGAGAGCCAAAACUGGAUUUACAGAAGCCCUCCGUUCCUGCCAUACCACCAAAAAAGCCUCGGCCACCUAAGACCAAUUCUCUCAGCAGACCUGGCGCACUGCCCCCGAGAAGGCCAGAGCGACCGGUGGGUCCACUGACACAUACCAGGGGUGACGGUCCAAAGAUUGACUUGGCGGGCAGUUCGCUAUCUGGCAUCCUGGACAAAGAUCUCUCGGACCGCAGCAAUGACAUUGACUUAGAAGGUUUUGACUCCGUGGUAUCAUCUACUGAGAAACUCAGUCAUCCAACCACAAGCAGACCAAAAGCUACGGGGAGGCGGCCACCGUCCCAGUCCCUCACAUCUUCAUCCCUUUCAAGCCCUGAUAUCUUCGACUCCCCAAGUCCCGAAGAGGAUAAGGAGGAACACAUUUCACUUGCGCACAGAGGAGUGGACGCGUCAAAGAAAACUUCCAAGACUGUUACCAUAUCCCAAGUGUCCGACAACAAAGCAUCCCUGCCGCCCAAGCCGGGGACCAUGGCAGCAGGUGGUGGUGGGCCAGCCCCUCUGUCCUCGGCGGUGCCCUCCCUGCUGUCAUCCUCUUUGGGAACAGCUGGACACAGAGCCAACUCCCCUUCUCUGUUCGGCACGGAAGGAAAACCAAAGAUGGAGCCUGCGGCCAGUAGCCAGGCGGCCGUGGAGGAGCUAAGGACACAGGUCCGCGAGCUGAGGAGCAUCAUCGAGACCAUGAAGGACCAGCAGAAGUGAGUGUCUGGGGACUCUUGGCGGCU